GUCUCCUUCACAUAUAAAGGGCUAUAGUAACGGACCAAGGCCCAAAUUAUCACAGAACCUUACUAAUCCACAAAAACAUGUCUCCACAGAUCAUCUUGGUUGUCGGUGCCUCACGGGGCAUUGGUCGGGAGCUCGUCAAGCAACUCAGCGUGCAUCCCAACAAGCACAUCAUCGCCAGCGUGCGCCAACCAGCCAUGCAGCCCGUCGACUCACCCGCAUCCAAUGUCUCAAGUAUUAUCUUGGACCAGGCAAACCCCGAGUCGGUUAUUGCAGCUGCGUCCCAGAUCCCUGAGCUUGACACCCUGGUCAUUAACGGGGCCUUCGCUGAGCGGGACCAACUCCUGACUUGUCCUAGCGAGAAAUUCGACACAUACCUCGACGUCAAUGUGAAGGGACCCUUGCAGGUUGUCCGAGCCUUCCUGCCUGCUCUUCUCGCCCGCCAGACCCGCCAGAUCGUGCUUACCUCCUCGUCUUGUGGCUCGAUGCAGGAACAGAGUGAAUAUGACCAUGGGUCUCUCGGGCCAUACUCCGUCGCCAAGGCGGCGGGCAACAUGAUGAUGAUUCAACUUCACCAUGAAUUGCGGGAUCAAAGUUUUACCUGUGCGGCUUUCCAUCCUGGCUGGGUUGCCACUGACAUGGGGGGUCCCGGUGGCAUGCCUGUGGAGGAAUCCGUGGCCGGAUAUGUCAAGGCGCUCGAGGGACUCAGGCCGGAUGACUCCCCCAAAUUUGUUGCAUGGAAUGGAUCAACGGUGCCGUGGUAAACAAAUGACAUGAAAAAGGGCAUUUUGGGUUGAGAAGCUGGAAGAUAGUUCUUGGUUAUGCAUAGAGGGCAAUGGAGAGCAUAUCCGUAACAAUCCUGCAAUUUCCAGUAUUGUAUGGUUCAGUAUUGUGUACUAGAUUACGGUGGUACAGCACAGAUUUCAAUUGGGCGGAAAUAUGGAUUUUCCGAGCCGCUGUCGC